CUGAGGAAUGGAUCGCAAAGCUGCGUACGCUUCAUUGGUGGAAGGGGUGCAGCACUUUGACUUUACUGGAGAAUCCAUUCCUUGCAAUCUUAUAGUAACAGGAGAUGAUGCUUUCCCAGUUGCCAUGACUCCGAAAGGGGAUGUCAUGAUCGCUGCCUCUCAAUAUGGCAAGGGUCGGAUGGUGGUCAUGUCUCAUGAAAACUAUAUGACGUUUCCAAGAUUUGCCAAAUUCAUUCGAAAUGCAGUAAAUUGGCUGAAACCAUCCCCAGAUGCACUGGUUGGUCUCCACAGCAGCCUACAACUUUUAGCCACUGAGCUCUCUAGCACAGGAACAAAGGUUAAGAUAAAUAAUGCUUAUAUUGAGGGAAUGGGGGUUUACUGCAUGAAUGCAUAUGAUGACACCCAGGCUGCAGAGCUCCUCAGCUUUGUAAAGGAAGGGGGUGCCCUGCUCAUUGGUGGGCAGGCAUGGCACUGGUCUUAUUCACAUACAACUGAAAAUGUGUUUUUCUCUUUUAAUGGGAACAAACUGACCAGUGCUGCUGGCAUUUAUUUCACAACCGAAUAUGGACAGAGGAUCAUCUGUCCGGUCCAGAGUGAAAUACCAACAAGCUCACUGGCAGUUAGGUCGCAAAUGGCUGUAGAAAGCAGCGAUGAGUACAAAAAGAAAUUUCUGGAGGCAGUUUUCCUUUUUCUGAAAGAAGGGGUCAGCUCUGUUGAGUCACUCACGGUGUUUCUGCUGACUGCUGACAAAGACCACAUGGAACAGGAGCAUGAUGAAAUCAGGAGGAUGAUCGAAGAAGCUACCCAGAGUGUGUCAAAAGCAGAGAUGGUUGCCAAAUAUCAACUUGCAAAGGUUGAUGAAAAAUAUUUGGUGUUCACUACAGAGAAGAGCGAUCUGGAAAGUGAACAAACAAUGAAGAACAUGGAAUUGAAUAAUCUAAACACCAUCCUUGUAUGUCAUAAUCAAAACUUAGAGUACAGUAAACAAAGCUUGGAGACUUCGUAUAGACAGCAGCGAACUGCACAACAAAACCUUGAUAGUGCCAGAGCAAGGUAUCAUGAUGAAGAAAAAAAAAGGAAUAUCGGAAUUGGAUUGAUGUUCAUACCCUUCAUUGGGACAAUAGUCGGAGCUACCAUGGUUGGUGUUUCUCAAACAGCCAUGAACAAUGCAGCAGAGCUUGUCAAAAAUGCAGGAGCUGCUGUGAAUAAGUUCAGAAAUGAAGUCAGUAACUAUUCAAACAAAGUGGCCGAAUACACUAAUCUUGUGACUUGUAAGCAGAAUGAAAUCUCCAACACCAGCAGCCGUUUGGGGGCUAUUAAGAGCAAGCUGCAGCAGUUAUCCCAGAAGCGGGCAGCCACUGCUGAAGUGCAGAAGAAACUCCGAGAUGCCACCCACUUCCUGAGCAUCCUGGCUGGAAGAGUGCAGGUGGCCGAGGUGCAGACCAGGAGCGUACUCUUCUUCGAUCCUCUGAUCACCAUACUGGAGGACAUAUCUCAGCACAUAGUCCAGCUCUCGGGGAACGAGAAAUACCAACUUCUCUACCAGCAGGAUAUCAAACCAGUGAUAGACAGGCUGAAGGAAAACAACCCUAAACUCAAAGCCAUCUGCAGCACAGGCGAGGGGCUUUGUGAAAAUUUGACUUUUUAAUGGUCCUUUAAUUGUAAUUAUGCAAUGCAUUGAGCUGUGUCACUUUGCUACAAUGAGCAGUGGAGAUUAAUGUUAGAAUCAAAAACUGAAGAUUGAUAAACAUACUAUCAACACCUAUCAAAUGAUAUAACUGUGUUGUACAGAUGAAAAAUUCCUGACUCUCAAACAAAUGUGUUUGUACAGACCCCGGGAGGGGAACACGACUUACAAUCUCGUGGCCGGGCUCUAGUCUGUGUGUACUGUGAGGAAUGACUUCUGUCAAUCAAUAACCUUCUGACUUUUGCAGAUGAAAUAAAACAAAUUGCAGA